AUGGUUGUUACGUGGCAAAUGGCAACUGAAUUGAUUCAAGGGAUUGAGAUCAUCUUGUUUAUUUAGCCCCCAUUUUAUGCUGAGGAAGGAGAAGCUGAUGAGAUGUUCUCAAUGUCGAGUUGCUAAAUAUUGUAGUGCCAAGUGUCAGAAAAAAGCUUGGCCACACCACAAGGGGGAAUGCAAAUGCCUGAAAAGCUGCAAACCCAGAUAUCCUCCUGACUCCGUGAGACUUCUUGGCAGAGUUGUCUUCAAACUUAUGGAAGAAGCACCCUCAGAAUCAGAGAAACUUUAUUCUUUUUAUGAUCUGGAGUCAAAUAUUAACAAACUGACUGAAGAUAAGAAGGAGGGAAUCAGACAACUUGUACUGACCUUCCAGCAUUUCAUGAAAGAAGAAAUCCAAGAUGCUUCUCAGCUGCCACCUUCCUUUGACAUUUUUGAAGCCUUUGCAAAAGUGAUCUGCAACUCCUUCACCAUCUGCAAUGCGGAGAUGCAGGAGGUCGGUGUUGGCCUGUACCCCAGCAUGUCUUUGCUCAACCACAGCUGCGACCCCAACUGCUCAAUUGUGUUCAACGGGCCCCACCUCCUCCUGCGUGCAGUCCGUGACAUCGAGGCAGGAGAAGAGCUCACCAUCUGCUACCUGGACGUGCUCAUGACCAGCGAGGAGCGGCGGGAGCAGCUGAGGAGCCAGUACUACUUUGAGUGUGACUGCGUCCGGUGCCAAACCAAGGACAAGGAUGCUGACAUGCUAGCCGGUGAUGAGCAAGUGUGGAAGGAAGUCCGAGAAUCACUGAAGAAGAUUGAAGAAUUGAAGGCAGAGUGGCAGUGGGAGCAGGUUCUGGCCCUGUGCCAGGCGAGCAUAAGCAGCAACUCUGAGCGGCUCCCGGACCUCAACAUCUACCAGCUCAAGGUGCUGGACUGCGCCAUGGACGCCUGCAUCCACCUGGGGCUCCUGGAGGAGGCGCUCUUCUACGGCAUGCGCACCAUGGAGCCCUACCGGGUCUUUUUCCCGGGCAGCCAUCCGGUCCGAGGCGUGCAGGUGAUGAAGGUGGGGAAGCUGCAGCUGCACCAAGCCAUGUUUCCCCAGGCCAUGAAGAACCUGCGGCUGGUGCACAGGUCCGCUGCGAAGGAGCCCUUGUUGCCCACGUGGACUGCGAGCCCUAGGUCUUGGCAAAGCUCUCUCCCGCCCUCGCCCACCCGGGGACGGCCCCCGGCCACCCACCGGGCUCCCCCCGCAGAGCGCGUCCCGCUCAGCGGAAGCGAGGCUCGGAGCCCCGCUCCGCAGGAGCCCGCGCGGCUCUUUGUGACCAGCUCAGGGCCGUGA